AUGGCAGGGGGAAAUGGGACCAGUGUGACUGGCUUCCUCCUGAUGGGACUGUCAGACCGGCCGGAGGUGCGAUUCGUGGACUUCCAUGCCAUCUACUCGGCCAUGCUCCUGGCCAACGAUUUCUUCCUCCUUGCGCUCUGCGCCGACCGCCGUCUCCCCACGCCCAUGUACUUCUUCCUCACCAACGUGUCGUUCCUGGACGUCUCCUGCCCCACAGCCGCGGCACCCAAGAUACUGCGGGGCCUCGCCAUUGGAGAAUGGCGAUCUCGUUGGCCGGCUGGCGCCUGGCCGGCCUGCUUCCUCAACUCCCCCCUGCACGUGUCCUUCACCUUCACGCUGACUUUCUGCCGUUCCAACCUGGUGGACCAGUAUUAUUGUCAUGCCCCACCGAGUCGCUCGGCCGAGUGGAAGGGCCGGGCCUGGUCCACCUGCACCUCCUGUCUGUUGGCCGUCGCCAUCUUCAUCUAUAUCCGGCCGUCUUCCGGUCACUUUUCUGGAAGCGACGGCUUUGUGGGCAUCCUCUAUGGCACCCUCAACUCCCGCAUUGACAGCCUGAGGAGCGAGAAAGUGAAGGGGGCCCUCCAGAAGUUGCUGAGGGAGACGUUAGGCCUGGGAUCUCUUCGGCACCCCGACGGCCUCAUGGGCAUCUUUUGUAGCGUCCUCAACCCCCUCAUUGACAGCCUGAGGAGCGAGGACGUCAAGGGGGCCCUCCAGAAGUUGCUGAGGGAGAGGUUAGGCCUGGGAUCUCUUCGGCACCCAUAG